UGGAGGCGGGCCGCGGCUACGGACGGGGCGGCUCAUCGACGGCGCAGUUCCUGCUUGUGGGCCGGGGAUGGGGCUGCUGAGUGCGCUGUGCUGCCUGUUGUGCUGUCUGCUAAGGCCGACGGCGGCGCGGCCCCCCCCGCACUUGGUGCUGGUGCUGGCCGACGACUUGGGCUGGGGCGACGUGGGCUGGCACGGUUCGGCCAUCCGGACGCCGCGGCUGGAUGCGCUGGGGGCCGACGGUGUGCGGCUGGAGCGCUACUACACGCAGCCCCUGUGCACGCCGUCCCGCAGCCAGCUCCUCAGCGGCCGCUACCAGAUCCACACAGGUUUACAGCACCAAAUAAUUUGGCCGUGCCAGCCCAGCUGUCUACCACUUGAUGAGAAACUCCUUCCAGAGCUGCUUAAAGACGCAGGAUAUGUUACUCACAUGGUGGGGAAAUGGCAUUUAGGGAUGUACAGGAAGGAAUGCCUUCCAACCCGCAGAGGAUUUGAUACUUACUUUGGUUAUCUUCUGGGGAGUGAGGAUUAUUAUUCUCAUGAUCACUGUGUGUUCAUCAAAGCAAAGAAUGUAACACGCUGUGCUCUGGACUUCCGCGAUGGAGAAGAAGUUGCAACUGGGUUUGAAAACAUGUACUCCACAAAUUUAUUUACAGAAAGAGCUAUUGACAUAAUAGCCAAUCAUAAAACUGAGAAGCCCCUCUUUCUCUACCUUGCUUUUCAGUCUGUCCAUGAACCUCUUGAGGUUUCUGAAGAAUAUGUGAAACCAUAUUCCUCCAUUAAAGAUGAAAAGAGGCGCCGUUAUGCAGGAAUGGUGUCUCUUAUGGAUGAAGCUGUAGGAAAUCUUACUGAUGCUCUGAAAAAAUAUGGCCUUUGGGAUAACACUGUUCUUGUCUUCUCUACUGAUAAUGGAGGACAAACUAUGGCAGGUGGAAACAAUUGGCCACUGAGAGGAAGAAAAUGGACGCUCUGGGAAGGAGGAGUUAGAGGAGUAGGUUUUGUUGCAAGUCCUUUACUGAAGCAAAAAGGUGUAGAAAGUCACGAACUUAUCCAUAUCUCCGACUGGCUGCCAACACUGGUGCACCUUGCUGGAGGACAUACCAGUGGCACAAAGCCUUUGGAUGGCUUUGAUGUUUGGAAAACUAUCAGUGAAGGAAGACCUUCCCCCAGAGUGGAACUGCUUCAUAACAUAGAUCCCAUGUUUGUGGAUGACUACCCAUGUCUUGGCAUUGACAACAGGACAUCUUCACCACAGAUCAAUUCUUUUUCAUGGGAUAAUACACUUUUCAAUAUCUCCAUGCAUGCAGCAAUCCGUCAUGGAAAAUGGAAGUUACUAACUGGAUACCCAGGCUGUGGUCAUUGGUUCCCUCCACCAUCUUUGUUGAAUGGGUCACAGAUUCAGUCAUAUGAUCCACCAACGAAGAGACUUUGGCUAUUUGAUAUUGUUCAUGAUCCCGAAGAGAAAUACGAGUUGUCUGAAAAAUAUCCUCAUGUGGUGAAAAAGCUGCUUUCACGGCUUCAGUACUAUUAUAGACGUUCAGUGCCUGUGUUCUAUCCUGAUGAGGAUCCCCAGUGUGAUCCAGCAGCAACGGGGGUCUGGGGUCCUUGGGCAUAGUGUACAACACUGUCUACUCUAGAACAUGCCUGCAGUGGUGUUUGAUUUAUGGACUUCAGAAUCCUUGUCACAUCUGUCUUACCUUGUUACACUAUUGCACAUUGUGAAUUCAUUAUUCACUUGUUCUUUAGGAGUACUUCUUACUCCUAAAAUACAGUCCGAUCUCAUUUCAGUCCUUCCCACUGUCUCCUUCCCAGUUAUUCUUUGUGAAAAAUUGAUUAUUAUAAAUCAAAUUAUAAAUCUGUUGUUCAAGCAUUCUUUUUUAACAUUAUGCCCUUAAAGCAGAAAGUAAAAUGUUUCUUCCUUCUCUGAAAGGGAUGAUGUUUGUUAAAAGCUGCAGUGAGUCAUGGCAGCAGAAACCUUUAGAAUUCUCCUGUGGAAUAAACAGAUUGUUUCAUGUUUACCCAGGAGACAAAUUCUAUUGAAAGCUGUUACACUACCCAUUAAAAAACAAACAAAUAAAAAAUACAUCAGUUGACAUUACAAUCUUUGCCUUUAACAUACUCCUCAUUCUAGAAAAGGCAACAGGAAGAAUUCUGAGAGUAAGAAAAAGCCCUCAGCCUCUGAUAAUACAGCAAAAUCUUGAAUUCCUGUUCAUUGUUAACACAUCAAACUGGGGAAGAGAAUGGUGUUCAGCUAGAAGGCAGACCUGGCAGUCAGAAAGGCCUUGACAGGCUAAAGAAAAAGUUAAACCAAAAAAGUUAUGAAGUUCAAGAGAAGGCGUGUAUUGCAACUGAUGUAGAAUAACCCUAUGCAGGAUCAUGUUUGGAUCUGACUAGACUGAAAGCAUUUCUGUGAAGGAGAACCUGUGUGUUCUACUGGACGAUAAACUGAAAAGGAUUUGCCACAUUCUCUCUUGGUGAAAAAGACUGAUCACUUGUUUGUCUGUAUGGGCAUGAAUGUACCCAGCACAUGAAGAGAACUAUUUACUCUCCUCUGCUCAGCAGAGUGUUUUGGGUUUCACUGUGUGUGGGAGAUAGUGGAAUACUUAAGGGAAUAUGAUCAUUUGGAGGAGAACAAAUAAGGAGUGGUUGAAGGAAUGGGUUACCUUAGACUGAAGAAGAAAGAAAGGGGAGACUUCUAUCUUUAACUACCUAAUAUGAGAAAAUAGAGAAGAUGAAGGAUAUGGAAACUCCCAUCAGAGAUGCAAAGAUGAGAGGCCCACAGAGAGUUCUAAUUCAAUAUAAGAAAAAAAAUAAAUAAAUAAAAAUCACACUGAGAAGAUAGUCAAAUGUUGGAUCUGUGAGGCAAUUAUAUCCCCGACCUCAGAGAUGUUCAGACUUGGGUUGAAGGAGACCGUGAACAGUGUUAUCUAACUCUGAUGUUGGGUCUAACUUGAAGUUGGGCCUGCUUCUGUGGGGGAAAAACAGGUGAUGAUUUCCAAAGGGCCUUUCAGCAUGCAUUAUUCAACCAUUCUACAAUUAAAAAAGCCUUACUCUGACUGCCUGCCAUUGUGAUGAGUAACCCUACUCAGACUGUACUUCUUCAUCAUUGUAGAAGAGACUGUUUUCAUCUUGAAGUGGGCUCCUAGCCAUGAAGAAACCAGACAAACCAUCAUUUCCCAGUUACUCAUCAAACUGAUGCGAAAUCAACCUACCAGCUUUCUAAAUGUAUCAAGUCUCUGGAUUCUAGCCAGAGUUCUGGUUUUACUUCUUGCUGUCCCUAGCCAAGUUCUCAAGCUGCAAAGCUUCAGCUGUCACCCUAUCAAGAAAGUAGGGAUCUAAUGGCCUAUUUUCAGGGUCUAGGAAAAGUCCAGUUAGUUUUGCAGAUAUUUUUGCCGUUUUCCUUCAGGAAGCACACUAAUUAUUAGCAAAGAGAUUCAUGAAGAAUGAGAAUUAACAGAAUUUCUACACUUUUUAAAUAAAAAGAUGAAAAGGUAAGGUUUAGGAAAACUGAAACGUACAUGAAAAUAAACAGAAAAUCCUUUCUGAUACAGGUGAUUUUCUGUUACACUGUCUUAAAUCCGGUUUGUCUUUUGCACCUUCAGUAUGUUCCUAAAAGCAGAAAUGAAGCCAAAGCUCUCCAAAAGGCUGUUGAUCAGUACAGCUUUUUUCCCCCAGUCUUAUGUCCUUGUCCGUUUUACUCAUUUAUGUCAGUUCUAUUCUAUGUGGAAUCAUAGAAGGUUGGAAAAGACCUCCAAGUCUCUAGUGCAACCAUCAGCCCACCCCCACCGUGCAUACUAAACCAUGUCCCGAUUGUCACAUCUCCACAUUUCUUGAUGACUUCCAGGGAUGGUGACGCCACCACCUCCCUUGGCAGCUGUUUUGAUGUAUUUAUUUUAUACCAAUUUCUUUAUUUAUCCUAGUUUAUAACUUAGAUGUUAAUACUGCAAUCCUAACUCUCAUUAUCCAAUUUUCUGUAAUACAUAUUUAGUAAAAUAUGGAAUGUGAGAUUUGGAAUAUGAGAAUAUGGGAAACAUCAGUACAGCAACUUGGGGAGUUACUGAUUCUUUAUUUUAUGCAUUACUGAUGCAGCUUGGCCUUCAAAUGGCUUUUUGAAAUAAAUCAUCCAAAUAUCAGA